GUUCUGCAAGAUCUUGUUGUACGGAAUUCAACCAAUUCAAGAAGGGAUGUGUAAACGUCAUAAUCUCUGAGAUUAUCUAAAUAAACUACAAUUAGUCCUAUAAAACAGCUACCAUGGCUUCAACCAUUAAGACGGUGACGGAUGAAACAGGUACUUACAUACCAGCAACCCAGCGUCCAGAUGGAACGUGGAGAAAAGCUAGACGAGUGAAAGAUGGUUACGUUCCUCAAGAAGAAGUACCAGCGUUUGAAACUAAGGGUAAGAAAUGGAUGAACAGCCGACCAACUCUACCACCAGGAUUACACAUUGACCCUACUCCAAUCGCUCAGCAGCAAACAAAAAACCUUUCCAAGUCAGCAAAGAAAAACGAAAAACGCAGACAGAAACGCCAAGAUAAAUCAGUUGGCGACAAAUCUGGAGACGGUUCAGGCAAGGAUGAUGUAUCAGAAACCACGGAUACAUUAUCAGGACUGAGUUUAUCCGCGGGUCAGAAAGAACCAACGGGAGGUAGGGUUGCUACAGCACCUCCUGAUAAACGUGCAAAGACAUUAAGAAAGAAGUUACGUCAGAUUGAUGACCUACAAGCAAAGAUUGAUUCAAAGGAGAUUGAGGAACCAACUCAUGAUCAGUUAGAAAAGCUUUCAAAAAGAGCUGAUGUAGAAGCAGAACUGGACAAAUUGAUCGCAGAAUUUGGAGUCUGAAAACUAUCUCCCAACAAAUUUGAAAUAAUUAGCAUGGAAAUAAAAAAGAGUACUGUCUUGACUCGGUCUUAAAGGAACAUGUUGCCUGGAUCGGUCAAGUUUGUCUUUGAAAAGCGUCUUAAGCCGUUUGUUAUGAAAUUAAAAUUGUUAGAUAGAUAAUUUAUAAGUAGAAUAUAAUAAUCCACACAAAUGUGCCUCGAAAUUACACGAUUUCCCGUAUAGGUCGCAAAGAAACACCGUCGGCCAUUUCGUGGAGUCAAAUUUUUGGUGCCAUAAAAUGGCCGACUGUGUUAGUAUCCGACGUAAAAGGAAAACCGUUCAAUUUCGAGGGAUACUUGUUUGGUUCAUUCUAUUCUACUUUUAAAAUAUCUUUCUAACCUUAUGUAUUCCAUGCCAAUAGAAAUGGUUUCAAACGCUUUUCAAAGACCAACAAGGCAAUAUGAUCCUUAUGACGACCAUUUCAGACUUUGCAGACUGCAUACGGACUGCUUUAGGCAUCACUGUUUUAUGGUCAUUGAGCAUUGAACACAGGAAUUAAAAAAGGUUACAAAACAGACAAGUUGAAGUAGAAUUUGUUCAUUAUUUUUAUGCUUUGUAAGACAAUGGGUAACUAUUUUUUAAUACAUUUACUGCAGUUCAAACAGUCAAGUGUUGCGUUAUCGCUUUUUAAAAUGCAGGCAAAAUGUGGUGCUUUUUAAAAACCUCUUUAAGGACCAUUGUUUAUUUUACUUGCAAAAACAGACUGGUGAAUAAUUUAAUGCUUUAUUUGUAAACAAUGUAUACGCAGGCCUGUAUGCUUCGUUUUUGCAAGGGCACCAAGGCAUUUUCUCUUUGGCAAA